AUGGAGUGCAAAAAUUAUUGCGUGAUAUUUAUAAUAUUUGCUGUUGCGAUAGUUCAAGCAGUGGGUUAUGAUACGGAACUAUUCGAAAGUCCACCGUGCGAUAGUAAUGCCUGUUUUGAAACUCUUCAUGGAGCGCUCGGAGAUUGUUCAUGUAAUGUAGACACAAUCGACUAUUUUAACAACGUAAAAAUAUUUCCCCGAAUCCAGAGCUUGGUGAGCAAAGACUAUUUUCGUUUUUAUAAAGUAAACUUAAAAAAAGAAUGUCCGUUCUGGGCAGAUGAUAGUAGAUGUGCUAUGAAAUACUGUCAUAUUAAAACAUGCUCCAAAGAGAGUGUGCCUGGAUUUGAUGGCUAUGAAGAGGAAUAUCUUGAAGAAUCUCCAGCUUUAAAAUACUCAUUAGAUGCAACUACUCACUGUGACCAAGAUUCUGAUCAUGAUCCUGAUUUGGGUUACCUGAAUAUGACCAUUAGUGCUGCAAGUCAAUUUGAAAUAGCUAAAUGGAAAGCAUAUGAUGAUUCCUUAGAAAAUUUCUGUCAAUGUGAUGACAAAGAUGCAGAUGCAGAGUUUGUGGACCUUUCACUAAAUCCUGAACGUUAUACAGGCUACAAAGGUCCCUCUGCCCACAGAAUUUGGAGGAGCAUAUACCAAGAAAACUGCUUCCGUCCAAAGACAAAUCCAUAUCAAUCAUUCCCAUAUGUAUUAAGUUCCGAUUUAAGUAAUAUGUGUUUAGAAGAGAGGGUUUUUUAUAGAGCUAUAUCUGGUUUACAUACAAGCAUUAACAUCCACCUUUGUUCAAAAUAUUUGUUGUCAGAGAAAAAGAUAGGAUUUGCUGCCCCACCUGAAGGAGAAUGGGGUCCUAAUUUGGAUGAAUUCCAGCGUCGAUUUGAUCCAUCGCAAACGCAUGGUGAAGGACCCAAUUGGUUAAAGAAUUUGUACUUUUUGUACUUAUUAGAAAUGAGGGCUCUCGCCAAAGCUGGGCCAUAUUUAGAGAGAGAAGAUUAUUUCACAGACAGCCCUAUUGAAGAUGAAGAGACAAGGAAUGCAAUAAAGAAUAUGCUGGGAGUUAUUUACUCAUUUCCAGAUCAUUUCAAUGAAUCGCUUAUGUUUAAUGGUGGGACUCAAGCUGCCACGUUAAAGUUUGAGUUUAGAGAGCACUUCUUAAAUAUUUCAAGGAUAAUGGAUUGUGUAGGUUGUGACAAAUGCAAGCUGUGGGGUAAACUACAGACUCAAGGUCUGGGAACAGCUUUGAAGAUUCUCUUUUCAGGUAGAUGGGAUAGUGAAGGUGACCCAGGUCAAGGCAAGUUACCUUUGCGGCACAAAUCACAAAAACGCCUUCAGAGGACAGAAAUUGUUGCUUUAUUCAAUGCAUUUGCAAGGCUGUCAAAUAGUAUCCGGGAGUUGGAAAAUUUCAGGAGUAUGUUAAGUGGUAAUAUGGAGCAAGAAAAGAAGAAUAUAUUCGCCGCAUCGCCCAGCAUUGAGAUAACUGAGAAGUGCGCUUCGGGAGGUGCAAAACCCAGAAUUUGGAGUUGA